CUACAUCUCUCCCCCUCGCCCUAAGCUCUUGCUCUCCAGACAUGCCUGGAGUAAAGCGCAAGGCGCAAGGCGCCAGCGCCGCUGCUGGCCCGUCGCAGCUGCCCGCACGCAAGCGGGCCGCCGCUGCGCCUGCUCGCGCCGCGUCUGACAGCGAGAGCGCCAACAGCGACUUCGACGACGGCGACGACCUCAUGGCUGCAGCCUACGCCGGCGCUGGCGCAGAUGACGACGACGACAGCAGCGAGGGCGAGGAUGGCGACAGCGAUGCGCUCAUGAGGGGCACUGCGUCGGGCGCGGUGGCGGAUGAGGGCUACGAGUCAGAGGGCGACGCAGACGGUUUCGAAGACCUCGAGGCCGAGGGCGCCUUUGAGGAUCUCGAGGCGGAGGGAGGCGGAGAUGACGACGCGAGUAAUGUGGCGGCCGAGGCAGAUCAGCAGCGCGACGCCAUGAAGCGCAAGAGCUCGGGCCUGUACGCCAUGCCGACGGCCGACGAGAUGAACGAGCUGCGCGCCACGGGCGAUCUCUUCCGCGACGGCGUGUUCAAGCUGCAGAUCGACGAGAUGCUGCCGACGAUCAGAGUCAAGCCAGACGCAAGCGCCGCGCUGGACCUCGUGCUGCAGCGCCUCAAGAAGCACCUCGACGGCCUGCCGACGCUGCCGGCCGUGCCGUUCAAGGAUGCCGCAGCCUCGCUGGCCACGGCCUUUCCGCGAGCGACCAGCGUCUGCAUCCCAUGGCCCGGGCCGGCGCCGGCGGGCAGGCACACGUACGGCUUUGCUGCACCCGAGAACGUCGCUGUCGUGGGCUCGUGGGCGCUGCGUACGGCCGUCAAGCGGCCAGACGGCGUCGAUGUGGACGUCUCGGUGCAGAUGCCGUCUUCUCUCUUCUCGGCCAAGGACGCCCGCGCAGGCCGCUACGGCGCAAAGCGCGCCUUCUACCUGGCCGGUCUUGCAGCGUCCAUCUCUGCGUCCAAGGAGCUGGACGUUGAUCUGCGCUUUGAGCUGCUCGACGACGAUGUGCGGCGGCCGAUCCUGUGCCUGCAUCCGCGCAAGAGUGCCGGCGAGCAAGACUUCAGCAAGGCCAAGGCCAGCAUUCGACUGUUGCCGACACACGACGUAUCGCUCUUCCCGCCAGCACGACUCGGUCCGCGCAUCGGCAACGUCCGUGCGGACGCAGGCGGCGACGAGGAGGGCGAGAUCAGCGACGAGGCGACGCCGCUCUACAAUGCCAGCGUGAUGGCCGACUCGCUGAUGCUCGCGCAUCUCAUCUUCCUGCACGGCGUCGCAAAGACAUGCCCGGCAUUUGCCGAUGCCUGCCUCUUGCUCAAGACGUGGGCCUUCCAGCGCGGGCUCGGCAGCGGCACGCGCAAGGAUGCGCAGCGGCUCGGGCCGGUGGGCACUAGCCGCAUCCGCUUCGUCCUCACGAUGAUGCUGGCGCACCUGCUGCAGGGAGAGGCGCCUACGCCCGGCGGGCGGAAGAAGGCGUCGCGUGCGAAGCUCGGCCGCAACUUCAGCAGCUACCAGCUGUUCCGCGGUGUGCUGGACUUCCUCGCUGGCACACCUUGGGACGCUUCGCCAGUCUUUAUGAAGCACUUCGAAGGCCUGCCAGACCGCAGUGCCUUGAUCGACCGCACGGAGUGGAGCGCGCCGGCGCUCGUCGACCCGACAGCGAGCCUCAACCUGCUCGCCUCGUUUGCAGCUGGCUCGCUUGAGCACGUCGCGGCUGAGGCCAAGGCCUCGCUUGCGCUGCUCGACCUCGGAGGCGAUCACUUCAGCACUUUGUUCCUCUCCGAUCGCAGCCAGCCGUCGUUUGUCUUCGACGAGGUUGCGCGGUUCCGCCUCAGCUCUGCAAGCGUGUCGGCUGCGCUCGCUGCUGAUGCGGGCAGCCGGUUGGCCGCUGCCGCUCGGCUUGUUGCAAGCGUUGCGCGACGAGGCUUGGGCCGACGAGCCGCAUACAGCACUGUGCUCGUCUCCGCACCACCUUCGCUCUGGGCCGUGGACGCAGAGCGGCCGAAGCAGAAUGCCGACGUGCAGCUCGGAGUCGUACUCGAGCCGACUGAGGCGCUCAAGAUGGUCGAGCACGGCCCCGCACCCGAAGACGCUGCUGCGGCCCAGGCCUUCAAGGACUUCUGGGGCCCGCUCGCUGAGCUGCGUCGCUUCCGGGACGGCCGCAUCGUCGAGUCCGUCGUCUGGCCGAGCGCGGGCCCGUUUGCUCGCUGGCGCAUUCCGAGGGACAUUGUGCGCCAUGUGCUGCAGCGGCACUGCAACGUCGAGGCAAAGAAGGUGCAUUUCUUCGCCGAGCGCUUCUCGGGCCUGCUGGAGGUGCCGAAGGAAGUCGAGCGGCUCGCAGCGCUCGAGCCGACAGAGGCCUCGGGCUUUCAGCUCGUCCAAGCGAGCUUCCAGGAGCUGGUCAAGAACCUGCGCGCGCUCGAAGGCCUGCCGCUCUCGCUCGUCAGCGUCGUGCCGACGGCCGAGAGUCUGCGCAGCACGAGCGCCUUUGUGCCCUUCCCUCUGCGUCUCGAUGCGCUCGGUACGCGUGUGCCAGACACAGCCUCGUACCUGCCGCUGCACGACAUCGUGAUGACGCUGGAGUCUUCGGGUCGGUGGCCCGACGACGUGCCGGCGAUCCAGGCGAUGAAGGCCGCAUUCUACGAGAAGAUGGCCGGACUGCUGCCUGAGCACAUGGCCGGCUCGCGUGCAUGCGUCGUGUACGAUGUCGACGCUGCCACACAAGGCCCUCUGGCGGACACGAGUGCGCUCGAGAUCGUAACCUCGACGGGCUUCGCCUUCCGCGCGCGCAUUCACCACGAGCGCGAGCGCACGCUGCUCGAGCGCAUCAUCGCCUCGCGGGACGAGACGCCCGCUCGGAAGCGCGAGGCGCGCUCUGCCCUCGUGCGCUUCGCACAGCGCUUCGACUCGGCGACGCGGCAUCAUGCCACCGUCGCGACUCUCCAGGCACGCCUCAUCGCGCUCGGCGAGGCGACACGGCUGCUGAAGCGCUGGGUCUCGGCACAGAUGCUCAGCCACAUCUCGCCCGAGCUGCUCGAGCUUCUCGCACUGCACGUCUUCCUGCAGCCAGGUGCACAGCCGCACAGCGCCGCUGCCGGCUUCGCUCGCACGCUGCAGACGCUCGCGACCUGGCGCUGGCGCGACGAGCCGCUGCUCGUUGCGUGUCAUGCUGCCGUCGAUGCACCAGAGGGCGAGGUCGUCGCGCCCAGAUUCCCGCUUGAGCCGGCGGCGCAGGCGGAAAAGGCGCUCAAGACCGUGCGCUCGCAGGACCCGAGCAAGGAGACGCGCACAUGGCUCAUCGCCACCGAGAAGGACGUCGAGGGCACAGACUGGGCCAGCCGAGGGCCCACGGCGGCAGAAGCGCAUCUGCUGCAGCAGCUCGCGGCCGGCGCCGUGCAGUAUCUAUCGGCCAAGAGCGCAUCGCUGACCGCAGCAGACGUCAUGGCGCUCUUCACGCCCUCGCUGGCGCACUACGAUUUCGUCGUUCACCUCGACCCCUCUGCCCUGCCGCGCUACGCGCAAAGCCUGUCGUACGACGCAGCGCGGGCAGUGGCGCCUGGUGCGCCGCCGAAGAGUCGCUUCGCCAACCUGCUCGACGACGUCUCACGCCUCGGCACCAAGCCGCGAGCCGGCCUCGACGUGGGCGCCGAGUUCGCGCAGCUGCUCCUGGUGCGCCGGCAGCCCCUCUCUCUUGCCGUGCUUGCAGUCUGCUUACCGCAGCCUCUUGCAGUCGCUCUUCGACGACACGCUGCGCCUCUUCUACGACGCACACGGCGGCAGCGUCAUCUGCGGGCUGUGGAACCCGUCGCUGCGCACGGCGCGGCCAUUCAAGACGCUGCUCGGCUUUGCCAGCCGGCCGGCGGCCGCCGUCGACGGCAGCAAGAAGGCCAGCGUCGUGCUCGACGAGGAGGCCGUCUGCGCCGAGAUCACGCGGCUGGGCGCCGGGCUGGUCACGCGCGUCGAGCGGCGCAAGACCAAGGCGCAGUAAGAUGAAUACACUUG